GGGAAAUCCCAAGUGUAGGUUGUUUUUUUUUGCGGAGCAUGGGGGAAUCUUUAGAUUGACCUUAGCGCAAUCACCUCUUGGGAAUAUCCCUGCGCCCAUUUAAUGAGCAGCGAAGAUGCUAGAACAAAAACAAGAAAAGAUGAAAAACGACAGCAAAAUUGGUCCCCCCCAGCGUGUGUGCCAAGUGUGCCCGUAAUAAUAGAGGGCGUGCGGAAAGAGACACGAUUACUACCUGUACGGCUGCCCGAAAUGCAGCCCACUUUGAUGCGACGCGCUCGCGAUGCAUCACGGCGGCUAGUCCUGCAUUUGCAUUGUCCAGUUGGAGCUGCGCCAUUGGCUGGGCCUCAGCGAGAGAGAGAGAGAGACGCGGCAUCUGGCCAGGGAUAUGUGUCCAGGGCUGCAGCUUUUUGUUUUCGAAGCAAAAGAGAAGACCGGACGAAAAAGCCCUUUGCCGAGCCUCCAUGCAUUGUGUUUGCCUUGGGUAUCGUGGUUGGGAAGUUGGGUAGCAUUAUCCCGUGCUGACGUCUACUCAGAGCCUCACCAUCAAAGAGGACACAAGAGAGGGAGAGAGACCAAGGUAGGUCUACGGAUGAGUUUGCCCACUUGAUCGCCACAAGGGAAACCCAUAAUGAGCCUGCCAGGUCGGGGUGAAAUGUCUCUGGAAACAAUGCCUCGAAAAUCUGAGCAAGACCUCUCCCCAUUGUGGGAAGAGCAAAUACUUGAAUCAACUCCACGUAGCCAUUGUGCUUCAGACAUUCCAAGGGAGAGACAGCU